UUUAUCGAACGUACUUAAGGAACAAUAUGGCGGUCGUGGCAAAGUUUUCGCCGCCCGUAUGAGAGAUUCGCUUUCUUUACGACCGAGAAGUUCGCGUUAAACGUUUCGUUCGUACGGCGACGUUGUCUGGUUAUGCAUAAACGAAAUCGCGAGUGAAAAUUCGUUUGUGUCGUAGCACGUCGAAACAGCCCAAUGCGGGUCGCGCGCAAUUCUCGUAGCGCAAAUCAUGACUUCGAUGCUGUCCAGCUUUAACCCGCCUAUCGUUAAACGAUUGCUGGGUUGGAAAAAAGGCGAGGGGGAAGACAAAUGGAGUGAGAAAGCCGUGAAAAGCCUGGUGAAAAAGUUAAAGAAGUCCACUGGCCUCGAGGAACUCGAGAAGGCCAUUACUACGCAAAGUUGCAACACUAAGUGCAUCACUAUACCAAGGCCUAGUCCGGGCGGUGCCGGCGACAACGGUGUCCAAGGAGUACGCGGUAAAGGUCUGCCGCACGUGAUCUACUGCCGGCUUUGGCGUUGGCCGGAUUUGCAGUCGCACCACGAGCUAAGGGCGAUCGAGCACUGCGAGUACGCGUUUACGCAGAAACGGGACGAAGUCUGCGUCAACCCGUAUCACUAUCAACGAAUACAGACGCCAGUUUUGCCAGCCAUUCUCGUACCGCGGCAUAACUUAGCCGGGGACGAGUCCGUCCUGUACAACACCUCCCUCGAGGAGCUCAGUGUCAGCGUGCCCGAGAACACGAGCUUCCACGCGACGCUGAACCAUCAGCACCAUAAUCAACAGGGUAUACCGCAAUCCCCGCAGCAGCAGCAGCAACAGCAGCAGCAACAGCAGCAGCAACAGCAGCAGCAACAGCAGCAGCAACAGCAGAACAAUCCCUACCAAGGAAUGCAGAGUAUGCAAGCAACGAGUCCCGCGAGCGUGGGGAGUCUAGGAAGCGUUCAGGGUUCACCGCAUCCUGCACCCGGAUCCAUGGAUCCACCAGCGGAUACUCCACCUCCUGGAUACAUAAGCGAAGAUGGCGAUAACAUGGACCACAAUGACAAUAUGUCUCUGUCCCGUUUGUCUCCCAGCCCGGUGGACGCGCAACCGGUUAUGUAUUUCGAGCCCGCCUUUUGGUGUUCGAUAAGCUACUACGAGCUGAACACGAGAGUGGGCGAGACCUUCCACGCGUCGCAGCCGAGUAUCACGGUGGACGGAUUCACCGACCCCAGUAACUCCGAACGUUUCUGCCUGGGUUUGUUGUCGAACGUGAAUCGCAACACCGUGGUGGAGCAGACGAGACGACACAUUGGCAAAGGCGCCAGACUCUACUACAUCGGCGGCGAGGUGUUCGCAGAGUGCCUGUCCGACUCGAGCAUAUUCGUGCAAAGUCCUAAUUGCAAUCAGCGUUACGGAUGGCAUCCGGCUACCGUCUGCAAAAUACCCCCCGGCUGCAAUUUGAAGAUCUUCAAUAACCAAGAGUUCGCCGCGUUGCUGUCGCAAUCAGUUUCCCAAGGCUUCGAGGCGGUCUACCAGCUGACUCGGAUGUGCAGCAUAAGGAUGAGCUUCGUGAAGGGCUGGGGAGCAGCGUAUCGGCGACAGACAGUGACAUCGACCCCCUGUUGGAUCGAGCUGCAUUUAAACGGGCCGUUGCAAUGGCUCGAUAGGGUGCUCACGCAAAUGGGUUCGCCGCGUUUACCCUGUUCCUCGAUGUCAUAAGGUUGUACGGUUUUCCCCGUGGUGGAUAUCGAGAAAGAAAGAACAAUUCGCGCCCUAUCGUCGUCGUCCUCGUCGUCGAUUGGUUUUCCUUACCGCGAAUUAUAUGGCUUUCGUUCGAGUUGAAGCCUACGGUGACGAGCUUGCGAGAAAAUGAAAGGGAUACGAUUGUCCUUGGAUAGUAUACGUUGGGAAUACGAUGGCCGAUUUAGCGUUCGAAGUGCCAGGAAAGCAUUCGAUCGUCGGUGAAACGGAAAGAACAACCGAUCGGCUGUGGAACCGCUCUCGGGCUCGGGGAUAGCUCACGGAUGUUUCCUACGUUACGAAGGAAAGGACACGUUAUGUGGGGGCGGACGAGUGCGGACGAAACAUCGUAAUAUCACUGCAACCGGUUCAUAAUGAGUCACACUUUUUUGACAAGUAACAUUCGACGAAACAGGUAGACAUUGUUAACACACUUAUCGCACUCCAACGUGUGGCUAGUGCUAAUGAUCUAUGGUUACAAAUCCGAUUUUAACAGAAUAUCGAGAGGGCAAAGAACAAGUGUCUAUACAUAUGCGUACAUGUAUGUAUGUACAUGCGUACGCGAGUAUGUAUGUACAUACGUGCUACGCUUAAUGAAAAGCUCAGCCUUCGCAUAUUUUUAUCGCUUGUUAAGCAAACGCACUUUAGUCGUACAGUAUACGUCAGCUCUUACAAGGUAAAUACAUAAUAUUAUGUAUAUACUCACUCUAUAGUCUGCCGAAGAGAAUUUCUAUAAAACGGACAAACCGUAUAUGUACCGUUGCAAAGUUUCUAAAUGGCACUGGUCUAUUCGGAGUUUUUUUUGUCAAUGUUUCUCCUACGAAUAGAAUAACUGAAGUAAAUAUAUAAAGUCUAUUUCUCUUAUAUGAUAACGAUAAGAAUGGAUUACAGUGUUCAAUAUGUACGUAACUACUUACGCACGUUUCGUUAAUUAUAUUUUCGGAUGGACCAGAACACGUUCAAAUGUCCCCAGAAUUAAUCGCGUCGGAUGAAAGUCUCAAGAGUGUUUAGCAGUGCGAGAUCGAUCACUCGGUAUACAUGUAUACCGACGAUGUUUAAUCAGAAACUUUUUGGAAUCUGAACCCGAAAAUGUUGGUACGUAUUAAGGUGUCUUAUCUUGGAUAACUGAUAUUCUUAUUAAGAGGAAGCGCUAUAUUUCUUAAACAUUGAUAGAAAGUACUAAGCGCACGAUGUCUGUGGUAGACAGAAAUACCUAUUUACUUGAUAUCGCAUGAUGGAAAACUGAUUAAAAGUGCAGAAAAUUGUAGACGUAUAUCUGUCGAAUGUCCGAAAAUUUAUGCAACGCAUAAGCAAACAUUACGAUGCACAUUUUGGUGUUGAUGUUAAUGUAGCGAACCACUCGUUAGUUGAGAGUCGUUGAGGAAGUGUUUGGUUCGUUGUAUAGUAUCGUAAAACAUCAUUUUGUAUUGGGAAGACAUGUUUUGCACGUAAAAAAAAAAUAUAUAUAUAAAAAACAAACGAUCGACUUAACCGCGUAAACUUUGACAAAUGUAGUUGAAUCGUCUCGUAAAACUUUGUACAGAAAUUAUUCGAAGAAAAAAUAUGAAGAAAAAAAGAACGCGAAAGGUACGACAUACAAUGGAAAUUUUAAAAAAAUAAGCAUUCUUAUCAAGGACAGAGGGUGAAAAAAGAAUGAUGAUCUGGCCUUGAAUACGAGAUGCUUUUAUAUGCAUCGAGCGUAAUUGAUUCGAUACUGUUUUAAAUUUAUUUACAAAUUGUUUGUGCAUUGAGCGCAUUGGAAAUUUCUAUUUUAUUGCAGAUUUUAUAAUCAGAUUUUAUAAUUUUUAUAUUCAUAUCCGAGACGUACCAAAAGCGAAGAGAAUACACUGUUUUUAAAAACUCAAAACGUCUUUCACGUAGAACGUACGAAAACGAGAGUUACGUGUUUUAUUAUAUUACGAGAUAUAUGUGUUAGUACCGAAGUACAGAACAGUCUUUGCACCGAGUGCAUGGAUUCAGUUAUCUUUUCCUUUUUUUUUUUUAACAAAUAAAAUUUUAAAGAUAACAUAUACGACUUCUAUGGAGUCUUUACGUACGAUGGGGGCCAAUCGCACGCACAGAAUGCGAGAUUCGAUCUCGACAAGAACGUCAAACGUUUCAGAGAACCGGUUCCUCUUUAUAUAAUAUAUAUAUAUAUAUAUAUAUUAUUUUUCUUUUGUCAGUAUCGUUUAUGAAGUUUCAUUUUUAUGAUGUUCGUAAUUAGUUUUUAAAGUAUGAAACAAUUGGAAGUAAAAAUAGUACACGUCGCUGUGCGUGAAACCGAUUUAGUUACUAAUAUUUAUAGAUCCGUGUAAAUUAGGCAAAGUAAUGGAAAACAAUCGAGUGUUUUCGUUAAAUAAUUAAGCUUAAGAUAAACGAGUCGUCAUUAGUUAUCGUGGAGGCAAGAUCUAUUUUUUUAACAUCGUCUUAAUCCUUUCGACGAAGGAGGGGAUUGCGCUAAGUUUUUUGAUCGCUUUUAAGAAAAAGACGAGUGAUUUCGAUCGAUUACAGACAACAUUUGUCGGAAAUCCAUCAAACGUGUUUUUACAUGUAUGGUGCAGCUGAACACGCCUGUUAUUAUUCCGUUUUAUUCUUGAGGUUUACAAGUAUACCUUUUUUUACGCAGUAGAAUCAAGGGAUAAGCGACACGGUGUCACGUGCACAACAGUGACGACGACGAUUCGUGAGCUUGCCAGUCAAACCGAUUUUCACCGAAUCCGAUCACGCGUCGCGUUACCUAUUAUCUGAGAGUACGUCGAAGGGGGUACUAGCUCGUACAGUAGCGAUGGAAGUGUGUAUGGUAGAGAAAGCACGAAAAUUUAAUGAAAUGAUAACGAUAUUUUAUUGACUCCUCGAUAGUUUAAUCGUGUAGCCUAGGAUCGCGUCGAUCUUUCACGGGGAUCACUUUCUUUCGUACGACGAGAGCAUCGUUGUUUUCUCUGGGAAUCUGUACUGUCGUGAAAUGGUAUUCGAAAUUGAAAGAAACCGCUCUGUAAACCUCGUGAAAGUCGAACGCGAUAUCGUCGGGCAGCUCGAAUAACCGAAUGAUAGUACAAUUGAUAAAAAAAAAAAAUCAUGUUUUUCUGCCGUCAAUGUCGGAUGCGUGGCUCCUUUCUUGAACUCUGUUUCCAUUGAAUUUUACAUUCUGGUUGCCGAACGAUCGACAGCCGUGUGCCUCCCUGCCAGACUGCCACUAAUUAAGGAACUAAUUAAGGAUACACAAAUGGGGGAACCGAAGAAGUCGCCAUAGUUUCUCUCUUUUUUAUUCUUGGAAGGGAAACGCACGACAUUCUGAUUUGAUUCGGAUUUUGCAUAUAUUAGAGUGCCUCAGAAAACAUUGCGUAUUUGAAAAGAUUAUUUCCAAUAACUACAACAAUAAUUUCAAGACCAUCUAGGAUUCUUCUGUCGCAUUGUUCUGAAAGCGAUUAUAUUUAUUUGCAAUGCAAUACAGUUCUUGCUUAUAACGUGUGUCGUUGCCCCAACGAGGUGACGUAGGAAGAAAUAAAAUUUAGACUAUGCAUUGAGUGAAUCGUAAGUUCUAUAAUUAUAGUUUUGUAUCUUGUAGCGAUGCAUUAGUAUCAAAACUCCGAGAUUUUCGCAAUGUGUUUUAAAAAUAAACGAAGCGAACAAUGAAAACAUAAACAAAAGCAAGAUAUAUUGUCUUAAUCGGUACAGAAACAACUUGUCGAUAAUAUAUUAAUAUACUUUAUUUCUAUACACGGUUUAAAAAUAACUGAAAUCGAAGUGAUUAAAAUUGCGCAAUAUUUUCUGGUACACCCUAAUGGUUAGCGUAUGCUACGUAUAACAAUUAUGUAUCUACGCUAUUCUAAAUUUCGCGUGAAAAUAGUAUUUGAACCUUUUAAUGUUCCAUAUAUUCGAUCUCCUCCCGAUUAAUGCUAUUAUUCAUGCUAAAUAUAAUAUCAUUAUGUUACGCGCACGUUAGCCGUUCGCAUGAUUUGACGCAAUCUGAUGGUCCAAGCGUCGCGUAGUCUUCUCGUUAGCUCUCCUACUCGACCGUUUUACGUUACCAUAAAACCGAACACACAUUUUUCCAUCUGCAUCGUCGAAGGAAGAAACAAACCCAUCUGGAAAACGCGUUUCGUUUGCCAAAGUAUUUUUUAAGCGUAGCAUUUGCCAAAGUUUCUUUUAAGUACAAGAGAGUAUCGAUUAUAGUUGCAGUAAGCGAUCCGAACGCGUAACGAACAUGAAUUCGCUAAAUUCUCAGCGUUGUUACUUCUUUUGGACAUUCGUAGCUGUUACCAUUGUUGACCGUAUCGUUUAGUUAACAUUGUCGUUAUGCUGCUUCUUCUUCUUCUUCAUCGUUUUCUUUUUUUAUUUUAGAUACCUUUUUAGCAUCUAAACCUGUCGAAUCGAGCGGUCCGACGAUUACGAAUUUUUAAUUCUAUAGCUACUUAUACAUACAUGUACGUGUAUGUAUAUACAUACGUGUAUAUCUUGUGUGCGAAUAGCCACAUGCACACGAAGGGAAGUAUCGACUAAAGGAUGACUUCUAGAACUCCCGAUAUUUUUUUACACAUAAAGAAAACGACGAAAAUUCAUUUACGUAACGGUGCAUUCGACGACGUUUGAUCUCGUUGAUGUUUCCCUGGUGUGGAUGAGACCUUUCACGAGAAUACUAGAUGAAACCGAGAGCUUGAAGGAACGAGUGUGGGAGAAUAUAGACGAGACGUUACGACAAGAGAUAUCGAGUGUGAGACUGUAUAAUACUUAUAAAUAAAUGUAUACGUUAAGUCUAAUAAAAAUGAUUCUACCGAC